UGUCAGACUGAAGCACCAGUGUAGAAGAACCGAUGUGCUGAGAGGGUGUUUUCAUUGCAGCACUGUAGCUUUGAGCAGCUGUUUCUACCUUGAAGAAGGACUGAGAAGUGAAUACCGUGCAGAUUUGCUAAGAGGAAAGAGAUCUGCUUGUGCUGCAUCAUGAGUACUCCUGUUCCUGGCUUGCUGUCCCUUGUACUGCUUCUUCUGACUCUAAGACUUCAGGAGCUGGUGGAGGCAUGCAGCUGUGCUCCAGCACACCCUCAGCAGGCUUUCUGCAACUCCGAAAUAGUAAUUCGGGCCAAAAUUGCUGGUGAAAAGAUGGUCUCCCCCAGCAACAGCUCCUUAUCCCACUUCAAGAUGAUCCAGUAUGAAAUCAAACUAGUAAAGAUGUUUAAAGGCUUUGAAAAGUUCAAGGAUAUCCAGUAUGUGUACACCCCUCCUUAUUCGUCUCUGUGUGGUGUAAAGCUUGAAGCUAAUAACAAGGCCCAAUAUCUGCUGUCAGGCAGGGUGUGGGAGGAUGGGAGAGUUAUGAUUGGCCUGUGUGAUUUCAUUGAGCCCUGGGACAGCCUUUCAAUGUCACAAAAGAAGAGCCUCAAUCACAGAUAUGAAAUGGGCUGCGACUGCAGAAUUUCCAGAUGCUACACUUUGCCAUGCUCUACCACCGCAGAAAAUGAGUGCCUUUGGACGGACUGGCUGACAGAUAAGAGCCUGAACGGGCACCAGGCCAAGCACUUUGCCUGCAUCAAGCGCACCGAUGGCUCCUGCAGCUGGUAUCGAGGAGGCUCUCCCCCGGAGAAAGAGUUCAUGGACAUUUCAGACCCUUAAACCCAAUCAGCUCUCAAGAGAAGAGACACGAAGGUGAUGCUUGUAGUCAGAUCUGCUGCAAAACCAGUCCAUCCUGCAUAAAGAAACUCUUGUGGUUCAAUGCAUUCCUUUAAUUCUGUCUAAAGCACAACUGCCUGCCUAUCCACCAUUGUGAAUGUACAAGAAUAAAGACCUGAAGCUGCCAUCACCCUCCCACUCCCCCCCCCCAC